AUGAUACUACGCGAUCUCUAUGAAGUGUCACGAAGUAUUGCAAAUGAUGAAUUCAACAAUAAAAUCGAUUUACUGAGUGCCUAUUUACUACCGUUGAUGAUAACGUGUGGAUUUACGGAGCAGUUAACACCAGAUGAAUUGAUACGUUUAGAGUAUCAGUAUACCUUUAAUAUUAAGCACGAGCAAAAUUCGCACUCAAAAGAUGUUGACUGUAAGCGACAUGAAUUAGCGUUGAAGUUGUUCCAAGAAGUGAGCAGUAAAUUAUUUUCGAACGCUGAAACAAACGAAUCGGAAUAUUACGAAAUUGGUGAACUGCUAGAUGAAUAUCUGUUGAAACAACAAAAGAAAAAGCAAUCCUUUAAAACUGGUAACAUCAAUAGUAAUAUUGCUCAAAACAGUGCGAAAAUAUCGCAUCCAAAAACGUUGAGUGUGAGUGAAAAGAAUAGCAAUACGAAUAGGAGUAAGUCAAACAAUGGGAAUGGUCAAUUAACAGAUUUAAUCAAACCAACAAGUGAAGGAUCUUGUGAUAGUCAAGCGUCAUCUCCGAUUGGUAAUAUAAAAGAUAAAAUUAAGGUUAUUGCUAGUCUUACCUUUUUUAUGAGUAUAUCUGGUGAGGAGCGAUGUUGA